AGCUACGGCGCCAUGCAUUCUGGGUCGGCGUAGCCAUGGCGGCUCGUGUCCUUUCAGUCUGUGUCCGCCGCCUGCCCUCGGCCUUGGUGCCACCGUCCCGGCUCCCUACGCUGGCCCUGGCCCGUACACUCAGCACCGCUUUGUGUGCCGCGCGAACCCAGACGAGGCUCGGGGCGGCGCAGCUGGCUUUGGCUUUCGCACAGGUUCCAGGGAGGAUUCCACAGUUUUGCCGCCAGUAUAGUGAUGCACCUCCUUUGACAUUAGAAGGAAUCAAGGAUCGGGUUCUGUAUGUCUUGAAACUUUAUGACAAGAUUGACCCAGAAAAGCUCUCAGUAAAUUCGCAUUUUAUGAAAGACCUGGGCUUAGACAGUUUGGACCAAGUGGAAAUUAUCAUGGCCAUGGAGGAUGAAUUUGGGUUUGAAAUUCCUGAUAUAGAUGCAGAAAAGUUAAUGUGCCCACAAGAAAUUGUGGAUUACAUUGCAGAUAAGAAGGAUGUAUAUGAAUAAAAUACCAGGCUCGUUUUCCUCCCAGAAGACUCCAGUGAUACUGGCGCUUGGAAGUGAGUGCAUUUUGUCAUCAUCAAAGCAACUGUCAGACUUAUAUUUAAGUUGUCUUGUUUUUGCCCUUUGAAAAUAAAUCAUUAAAACCAA